UCUUUGGUGUUCCACUGUAUUAAAAGAAAUGACAGUGUAUGAUGAGUUAGUAGUGAUUUUUAUGAAGUGUUUCACUGUAGCAGUUUGACCAGCUCUGCCUGUGGUAGUGACUAGUAGCUUGACAAACUAAGCCGGAUAUUUCAGCAGGGUAGGAAGCCAUAUCUAACUUUACUAAGCAUUUAUAUAUAGAUAUAGAUAUAGAUCGAUAAUUAGUGGUAAAAUGUAGCACAGCCAUUUUCUAGGCUGUUUAUGGUGAAAGGAGGUUGUAGUGUAUUAGUGUAUGCUGUACUCCAUCACUUCAUGGUGUAAACAGAGGAACUGACUGAUUACUCAGGCUUCCUAGGACAUGGAAUAGAAAUGGAAGGUUUUAAAGACCUGGUAAGGGCCCAGAAAUCUGUGUAACUCUGCUUUUCAUGGCACAUUAGACUCUCGUUAAAGUUUUCUGCUAUUAAAAUGCGGGCUGUGAGGAACAGGGCGGCUUCCCGCGCUUUCCAUUGACGUCACGCCCCGGAAAGAGCAGCUCCAAAUACGGAUGCCGAUGGGAUGUGAAAGUAGCAUUUCAAUCCGGUGAAAGCAAGUACAGAACUCACUUCUUAUUUUCGCAACUAAUUUUUCAUGUGCAGUUAAAUAACUCAUGUCAUUUCUUGGUCUGGCCGCAUGUCAAAUGCACAAGUUAAGAAUAAAUCGCUAGACCUGUCGUCGUGCUACACGCCAGUGACGUGCUAAUAGCUAAUAUGGCUGAAACAUCUGUUUGUGUGCUUAGUAUUACACUUUUUUUUACUGUUAUAUAUGUGUUUUUUUAAAAAUAACAUUUGGAAAAAGUCAAAUAUUAGUUGGUGUAACCGGGAAGAUGAAUGUGUUUAGGAAGUGUCUAGCUAACGAGACUUGUAUUACAGUUGAUGCUAGCUAAACAAUGGCUGCGUCCCAAAUUGCUUCUCUGUGCCUAUAUAAGCGCACUACACUGGGCGGCUAAACAGUGGUGUGUAAAGCCCUGUUUGUGUACCCUAUAUAGUGCACUAUAUAUCCAGGGCGAGGUAUUUGGGAGGAAACCCUUGCAGGCCAAGAUGCGACCUUUGAGUUAUCUCACGUGCUUCAUUGAGAUAUUGUGUAUGCAGUUAUGUGAUUUGAAAUCCCUGUAAAGUUCACCAUCUCUCCUCCUGAGACAGUAAUAUGCCUCUGGAGGAGGGACUCGCACCCACUGCUGGAAAUGCAGUUAGGGAGCAAGCCAACAUGGCCAACAGGCCCAGCAGCUUGGAACAACCUGUUGCUGGUCCCUCAAACCCCUCACAGCGACAGGGCUUCUGCAGCUACUGUCAGGUCGUGUAUAACAGCAUAGAGCAGCACAUCCAGAGUACCAGGCACAGAGAAGUAGUGGUACGAGCAGCGAGGACAAACGUGUCCUCAGGAAGCCUGCUGGAGAGAUUCCUCCAGGACGUGCUUCAUCACCAUCCUCGUGGCUACAACGACACACGUCCUACCCAUGCUGACUUACCUUGCCUGAGUACAUUACCAGUUCCAAGAGAAGUAUUAUCAGAGGUGUACUGUAGAUCAGAGGACGAUGGGCUCUCUGUUGGGACCAGAGAGGAAAUGCUCAGCUCUGAUGAAGAAUCCUGUCAGAUGGUGCAAGCUGAACGCACUACCACAUGUAGUAGGAGUCAAGAACAAGCAAGCACUUCUGUAGCCAUGCCACUGGGUAUUGCGAUGGAAACAAGUGAACAAACUGGCCUUAAAACUGUAAAAAUAAAAGCUGAACCCCCACUCCCUGAAAGGUAUUCCCCCACACAGGGGUUCUUGCAUAGGACUAGUAGCGAGUCUGAUAUAGACAAGCAACACACAUCAAAACUGUUGGCACAAACAGUAACUUCACAAAUCCAACAGCCUUGUAGCUCACAGACUCCCGGAUCCCCAAAGUGUCAGCACAGGAAAGCACACAGAAAAACUAAUAAACAUAGAGAAGACAACGAUUCAAGCCUAGGCACCCCUACAUCACCAGUCACAAAGUGCAUUACCUCAAAAGCCCAGCAUGGGCAAUCGCAGAUAGCUAGAACUGCAGUGCUACCACUCUGGAAGGGGCCACACAGGGAGCGGUCGUUCAGCGAAAAGUCAGACCAAAUACGUGAGGUAAUUGAAGAGGUUAUCGAGAGGCACUGCUAUGGCCGCAGUCCUAAACCCAGCCAGGAGGCCGAAAGUGUUUUCCACCUGAGCUUGCAGUCAACCGAGUCUAAAGACAGUGAUGAAUGGGACAACACCUUUCAGGCAGCUUUGCAAAAAAACACAGCUGAGGAUAAGCGUCUCGCAUGCCUUACACAGGUACAUAUAAACAUUGAGGACCAAGGGUACAAAGCCCAGCUGGACACAGCUCUGAAUACUGUGUUAGAAAGUGAGAAGACGGAGCCUGGGGUAGCUAAAGAGAACGAGGCUGAAGAGAUCAUUCCAGAUCUUCCUCACAUACCACCGUCCUUUGUGGGAAAGACGUGGGCACAAGUAAGGUAUGAGGAUGACUUAAAGAUAGACUGCAUGGUGAGAGAGUUCCGACAGGGCCGCUUUCGUUGCUAUUUUGACAGUGAGUCGUUGGCUAAUUUUGGGAAGCACCACAAGAAAGAUAAAAAGAGGAGGAAUCAAGAGGAAAAGGUAGCUGAUGUUGAGUGUAAAGAUGUCUUGCCUCUUAUUGAGCAUCAUGAGGAGGACUCAAAACACCUACCUGUGUUUAGGAAGACUAGGCAUCGAACAUACCGAAUGGCAUCACGCUGUCAAGUGGUGAAGGUGAGCCAUGGCACACAAACUGCACCCUUGAACUGCCCUGUAGUGCGGAGAAAAACAUUACCUGAAACUGGCACCUUGCUCAGUAUCUGUGAGACUCAGAAAGACCCAAGUCCUGAGAGGACACCAGACAUGAAAACAAGAAUGUGUGCAAUCAAACUCCCUGCAUCUUACUGUAAGAUUAUGAGUCCUUUGCAGCCUAAAACUGUGGUUUAUGUUCUUUCUUCCCCAGAUGGUGUGCAGGGUUCCUUUAAGCCCACUCCAGUUAAAAGAGUGGGCAGAAAGCGGAAAUCAAGUGAUGAGGAAUGUACACUUAAAUACAAGUACAAAAAGACCCCUCUCAAAUAUUAUGACCCCCUGACCAACAGAAUACUUAAGACUCCACCUAGAGGGAUGCCCUCAACCCCUACUACCAAAUCUCUUUCCCAUGUUAGACAGUUAUUCCGUAGCCUCAGUCCAGACAUCAACAAGGAACUCCAUGGUUCAGCGCAGGGACGAUCACCUCGAGGCUCUAGAAAGGGUCGGGGUGAGGGUAGCAUGGCAGACCUUUGUGCUUCUACCUCUGGCUCUUGGCUGGACAGUGGGGGACCCUCUGAGCCUGGCUCUUCUGUUUCCAGCAGGAAGGCCUUGUUCAGCCGAUCAUCCAUCUCCAGCAGCAGCCGUUUCCUCCUGGGACAGAUAAGGUCCUCUGCGUCCCACACAGGCAGCUCCUCGAGAUCAAAACCUCCUUCCCAUACAGACAGUUCUCUUAAGGUUACAGGGACUAAGCCAAAAGUGGACCAUGCACAGGCACACAUGGACCAACCACCAAGCAGACGUCGCAAACAGGGUCAGAGAGUUACAGAAAAACCUCUGACUCCUGCAAAGAAACCAUCCUCACCUCCUUAUAGGACCAAGCGGAAGUCAGUCAAAACCAGGGCGAAGUCUAGGAAUGUUCUCCAGCGGAAGGUCAGCGCCCGUGUUGCUUCAGGAUGUAGAAUGUCCACCCGGAAUAAAAAUUCCACCAGGGCUUCACCCAGAUCAUAAGCAUCUUCUAAACUGGAGGUCUUGGCCCCUCACUGUAUCCUCUGGACUCACUACUUAGCAGCCUAUCCUAUUGGGUUCGGUGCUGUUAAGCCUACUGUACAACAGGCGCGACAUUAAAUUAAAACCCAGCAUUUUACCUUAACCUCUUUUAUAUAUGUGAGGAACAGACGUGUAGGCAAAGAGCAAAAUCUGUUCUCUGUCUAUCAAUUGCUGUAUAAUUUUGCACAGCUGGAUUUUUAGGUGAAAUUCAUUUUGUCUGUAUUUCUUGUUUCCUAGUCAAAUCAUGCAUUUUUAAAAACGGUUCAAGGGAAUAUUUUUUAAGUUUUUUAAUGAAUAUUUUUGUCCAGCAGUUAAAUAUUUAAUAAUGAUUGUACAUUAAAUUUUAUUAUACAAAUGUA